CUCUAGCGAGCGCGCGAACGACGCGCGCGAACGAUUUAACGAGCGAGCGAGCUAGUACGCAGGGCUACGUAUAAAGGCAACUUAAUAUUAUCGCGUGCAUUCGCGUUUCCCCGGCUCGUGUCCUUUAAUACAAUGUUUGGAAAGAGGACUCGCGCGCCCGCGGGUGGCAAGGAACAAUUCGAGCGCGAAUGGGCGCACUUCGUGAUCCACGGGCUCCGUAAAGAUCCGGCGGAGGUCUUACGAGAACUGAACGCCGCGGUAAGAUGGGCAAACGUCGCAAAAUAUCCGUUGUACACCACGUACGCCUUCGUCGCGAUGCGCGGGGGUUUCUCAGCGCUGAAGAGCUUGGAGUUGGCCGAUUUUUUCGAAAGGUUCGUGCUGAGACGCGCGUUUCCUGAUGCAAGCCACAAGCUCGCCUUCGAGGUUGGCGUGACUUUGUUAUACAAGGACUUCUUCCUCGAGUACGAAAAGUGCCAUCCGGAAGACGUCAUCCUCGCCCAGCGGGAGCACGCGACGUGUUGGUCGAGGGGUCAAAAAGAAGAUAAAAUGUUUGGAAAGAGGACUCGCGCGCCCGCGGGUGGCAAGGAGCACUUCGAGCGCAAGUGGGCGCACUUCGUGAUCCACGGGCUCCGUAAAGAUCCGGCGGAGGUCUUACGAGAACUGAACUCUGCGGUAAGAUGGGCAAACGUCGAAAAAUAUCCGUUGUACACCGCGUACGCCUUCGUCGUGAUGCGCGGGGGUUUCUCAGCGCUGAAGAGCUUGGAGUUGGCCGAUUUUUUCGAAAGAUUCGUGCUGAGACGCGCGUUUCCUGAUGCAUGCCACAAGCUCGCCUUCGAGGUUGGCGUGACUUUGUUAUACAAGGACUUCUUCCUCGAGUACGAAAAGUGCCAUCCGGAAGACGUCAUCCUCGCCCAGCGGGAGCACGCGAAAUUUUUGUUUACAUUGGAACGAAGAAAAGAAAAGCUGAAAGAAAGAAAGCUGCAAGGAGAAUUGACUCGACAGCGCGCGGCUCAUGAAAAAACUCGUCAGCUUGAUCCAAACACGUUUGUCACGGCCGCGCAAGGGUACGCGAGUUGGUUAAGGGAACACGCAGAGGAAGUAGAGGCGGAACAGCGUAGGCUGCGAGAAGAGAUGACUCAAGUCGUAGAACGCUCCGGCUCAAAAAGCUCUUCCGUUGGAUGCUCCUCGCGGGUUUGAUCACGACGCCGAUGGAACGCCUCAACUGCUCACCUCAGGUGGUUUAUCUGGAGGGUCCCUUCCUGGAACGCGCACGACAAGGAGAGAGGAGCAUCACGACACAUCUUGACGCAUCUUGAACUAUUUUAUUUAGACAUUAGUGGGUUU